GCGACGCGAGCGAGCUCAACCUCGCAGAUCCAAAUCUCUGUCCUUGUUUUCCCACCCACUCCGACCUCUUCGCCGGACUCGCUCUUCGCCGGAUCGGUCGACUCGGUAGAGCGCGAAGAGGAGGGGCGAGUCGCCCCCCCGAGUCGCGGGGGGAGAGGAGAUGAUAACUCGGUCGAAGCUCGUGGAGCAGCUAAGGGACUACCAAAUCCGAUCUCAACACAAGAGGGACAUUAUUGGAGCUGUGUCAUGGGGCUUACUAUGUUGUUUUCUCAUUGUAUCUUCCUAUGUGACACUAUACUUCAGAUAUUUCAGGCUCUCGGCCAUUAUUAUAUGUCUGGGGAUUCUUUUUCCUAUGUGUCUGCAUAUUUUCAGGCAGAGAAUGUCGGCUAGGAAAAGGGAGAGAAGAUUAUUGCUACCUUUGUCCAUGUAAGAGAUUUUUGGCAAGCAUUUAAGCUCAUUUUUGGUUCACCGGUAUAGUCGCUUACUCUCAACUUUGCUAUUACACUGUGAUCACCAACAUGCUUUGCACUUUGGUACAAUUGUAUAUUCAUGCUUUUCUUGGAGAGUUAGAAGUAUGACCUGUUUUUUCUACUCAAAUUGCUGAAGGGGAGAUCGUCUUCAACCAAACUUACACAGAAUCGACAUACCAUUAUGUGCUCAUUACACCGAUGCGCACAAUGAGAACUUUCAACUGAACUGUAAAAGUAUUCCUUUCUAGUUUCAUACCUCGUGAAUGAACCUUGAUCUUCUCACAUAAUCAAUGCUGAUGAGCAUAAUCUCGGAGUUGUCAUUAGGUUGCAUUUUUUUCCUUGCCUUUCGUAUCACUAUGGUUAGAUACUGGAAAAUGGAAAUAAAUGCUGGGUUAUUCCUACUCCAUACACAAUGGAGUCCUUCUUUCCGUUAGCAUACAGACAUUCCGAAGUUCUAACUUAUCUUCCAUUGUUUUUAUGUAGUUUCAUAUUCCUAUCAUAAUAACAAAUUUAUGUUUUUUCAUUUUCUA